UACAUAUGCAACUAUUCUUAGUCAUGGAAUGUAUACAAUGUCUCUCUGCCCAGUAGUUCUUUCACAAAGCUCCUGAAGGCAGUGAAAAUAACGUCAGAAUAAACAAAUCCUGAAAUCGCCCUGUAUAAAUCACUUGCCAGCUGAAGGAAAGUCUUGGGUUUACAAUUUCACUUGUGUCCUAAUGAUGGAAAAUCUCAAGGGAACAUAAACGGCUCAGGAGUCAGUGGAUGCCGGGGGCAAAAGGCAGAAGAUUAGCAGAAGACCCCAGAUUCCAAGUUCUGAUUGAUUUGUUCACUUUGGCUACAAUAAUAACAAGCAAAUAACAAGAAAAAUUAAAAAAUAAACCAGUAAAUUUUAGGGAUUUAAACACAGUGUGAUUUUUAUUUCCCCAUCUUUGCUAAUCAAUAUUUAUACUGAAAACUCCAAGGCUCAAGAGAUUGAGACAGACAUAGAUGGUCUGCCUUGAUUCACCUGCAGCUGAAUAUCCUAGGCAAGGUACCAAGACUCGACUUUGUAACGAUCCAUUGCUUUAAGAUGGAUGGGGAGUCACCUGAGGGUCUGCUUUUCAAAGAUGAGGACUACUCCUCUGAUCUCUUGAGGCAGCUGAAUGUCUUAAGACAAAAAAGGAUCCUGAUUGAUGUGACUAUAUGCAUUGGGAACUGUGAAGUCCCCUGCCACAGAAAUGUCUUGGCAUCCAGCAGCCCUUACUUCCGGGCAAUGUUCUGCAGCAACUUCAGAGAGAGCACUCAGGCCAGAAUUGAUCUGAAAGGCAUUGAUGGUAAUACUUUGCACCAGAUCAUCCUGUAUGUAUACACUGGGGAGGUUCACAUCACUGCAGAGAAUGUCCUACAUUUGAUGGAGGCUGCAUCCAUGUUGCAGUAUCUCAGACUUUUUGAAGCCUGUUCAUUAUAUCUUCAGAAGCAGUUAACCCCUAGCAACUGCCUUAGUAUGAUCAGACUCUCUGACAAUUUGAGUUGUGAGAGCCUCAAACAGAAAGCCAGAUCAAUGGCCCUAAGGUGUUUCCCAGAAGUAUCCUUAUCAGAAGACUUAAAGGAGUUAUGUCCCUUGGAACUGAGUGACUACCUGGGUGAUGAUAAACUCUGUGGUGAGGAAGAAGAAGUGUUCGAAACAUUGAUGGUCUGGAUCAGGCACGACCUCCAGGCCCGGAAAGAAUAUAUCCAAGAACUAUUCAAGAAAGUCAGGCUUCAAUAUGUCCACCCGACCUUCUUCUUCCACUUCAUUGUCAACGACUCUCUCCUUCAGUCCUCACCAGCAUGUCAAGCCAUCCUGGAGAUGGUGAGGAGACAAGUGUUCUCUUUGUAUGGCACUGGCAGCCCAGACCUCAAGCCCCUAUGGCAUGUCCCCCGGAGAGAUUCUCACCGGGAUUUCCUCAUCCUGUUGGGAGGUAGAAAGGACAAUCAGCAAACCACCAGGGAAGUUCUGCUGUACCACGAGAAGACUGGCCAGUGGCAGCACCUUGCCAAGCUCCCAGCUCGCCUUUACAAAGCCUCUGCAGUCACCUUGCAUAGCAGUGCCUACAUACUGGGGGGCAUGUCUGUGGGGGUAGGGAAGCAGCAAGUCAGUCACAAUGUUUACAUCUUCUCCCUGAAACUCAAUCAGUGGAGGCUGGGGGAACCCAUGCUGGUGGCGAGAUACUCCCACAGAAGUACAGCCUAUAAGAAUUACAUCUUCUCUAUUGGAGGGAUUGGAGAAAACCAGGAGACAAUGAGCUCCAUGGAGAGGUACAACAGCAUCUACAAUGUCUGGGAGACCAUGGCCAGCAUGCCUGUAGCUGUCCUUCACCCUGCAGUAGCUGUGAAAGACCAAAGACUCUAUCUUUUUGGAGGAGAAGACAUUAUGCAAAAUCCUGUACGACUCAUACAGGUUUACCAUAUUUCCAGAAACACAUGGUUCAAGAUGGAGACCAGAAUGAUCAAGAAUGUCUGUGCUCCAGCAGUGGUGCUCAGGGGCCAAAUUAUCAUUGUUGGAGGUUAUACAAGGAGGCUCCUUGCCUACGACCCUCAAGCCAACAAGUUUGUGAAAUGUGCUGACAUGAAAGACAGGAGGAUGCACCAUGGGGCCACGGUGAUUGGGAACAAGCUCUAUGUGACUGGAGGUCGGAGGCUCACCAUGGACAGCAACAUUGAAGACUCAGACUCAUUUGAUUGCUAUGACCCAGAGACAGAUACUUGGACAUCCCAGGGGAGAUUACCCCAUACACUAUUUGAUCAUGGAUGUCUCACUCUCCAGUGCCUACCUUAUCCUUCUGAAUCUCCCUAAAGAAAGUAUUAGGCUUGUGGGUGGAAAGAAAGAACAAGGAGGUUCAGAAGGGAUAGUAGGACCCUUGUACCAAUCAUAUCUAAGCUUACCACAUGGAAAAGGGCUAGUUUGGGGUUCUUCUGAUUCUUUCACCUCUGUAUAGAUGGUCUGGACCUGGAAAAGUCCAAGCAUGACAAAAACGAUAGAAUGAUAAAUUCGGGGGCUAGAGGACUUUACUGGUACUCAAAUGCCAUGCCAUCUCUGACAUACUAUAUAUGUAGUCAUGGGCAAAUCAGUUAAUUUCUCAGUGCUCCCAAGCAACUUUCUAAAAUUAAGGUUCCAAGAGCGGCUAGAUGCUUCAGUGGAUAGAGCACCAACCCUAUAAUGAGGAGGACCAGAGUUCAAAUCUAGCUUCAAACACUUAAUACUUACUA